UUCACGCCAUUUAGGGAGCCGGACCCCUUCUCUGGCCUGCAUCGGAAUGCAGCCAUGAUACAUGUCGACAGAUUUAUUUGUCCCUGUCACCUAAUCCCAAAGAUGGGACAAUCCGUCAACCCUGGGUGGACGAGUGCAAACAUGUAUGAG